AGGAAGCUACGUCAACGACCUGACGUCACGCGCAGCGCUGGCGUUCCUCCGUCAGGCCCUCCAGUGAGAGCCUGCUUGCGUGUCUUUGCUGCUGUUCGUUCGGGGAGGCUGAGCUCCGCCGGUACUGAAGCCUAGCCACGACGAGAGUCUGAGGAGGGCCUCGCAAACCCCAGCCUCUGCAGAGUAAGAGGAUGGCCUACUUCUCCUGCGAGGACGAGGCUAUGUUGCAGGCGAUGCUGAGGCAGUUGUUCCAGAGCGUGAAGGAGAAAAUCACGGGCGCGCCCUCCCCGGAGGGCGCCGAGGAAAUCCUCUUACGUCUGGAGGAAACUGAUGAAAAUUUUCACAACUAUGAAUUUGUAAAAUACCUUAGACAGCACAUAUGCAACACUUUGGGGUCUAUUAUUGAAGAAGAAAUGGAAAAAUGCAUAUCUGAUCAGAAUCAGAGUGAGGAAUCUGGCUAUGACACUCUUGUACAGCAUGUUGCUAGAAAAAUUCACGACUCUAAAGAGUAUAAAGAAAUCAUGCGUUCCCUGAAUAAUGUUAUGAUGGUAGUGGUGGAGUCUAUGAUUAACAAGUUUGAAGAAGAUGAAAUACGAAGUCAGGAGAGGCAAAAAAGAGUCCAAAUGGAGAAGAGCAGUAGUUACUGCACAGAUAAUUGCUCUGAUAGUGAUUCAUCAUUCAAUCAGAGUUACAAAUUUUGUCAAGGAAAAUUACAAUUGAUUUUAGACCAGCUGGAUCCUGGGCAACCCAAAGAGGUGAGAUAUGAUGCCUUACAAACAUUAUGUUCAGCUCCUCCAUCUGAUGUCCUGAGCUGUGAAAAUUGGACUACUCUCUGUGAAAAAUUGACAUUGUGUCUUUCAGAUCCUGAUCCUGUGUUUAGUGACCGGAUUUUAAAAUUCUAUGCACAGACAUUUACACUUUCACCGUUGUAUAUGACCAAGGAAAUUUAUACAAACUUAGCAAAAUAUUUGGAGUUAUAUUUUCUUUCUAGAGAAAAUCAUAUUCCUACUCUUUCAACUGGUGUAGAUAUAACUAAUCAUAAUGUGAUCUGCUUACUCAAAAAGGUUCGACUUCUAAAUGAGUAUCAGAAGGAGGCUCCAUCUUUCUGGAUUCGUCAUCCAGAGAAGUAUAUGGAAGAAAUUGUGGAGAGUACUUUGUCCUUGUUGUCAGUUAAACAUGAUCAAAGUCAUCUUGUAUCACAAAAGAUUUUGGAUCCAAUCUACUUUUUUGCAUUAGUUGAUACUAAGGCUGUGUGGUUCAAAAAGUGGAUGCAUGCAUAUUAUAGCAGAGAUGUGGUACUGAGGCUUCUUGAAAAGAAAUAUAAGUCUUUGAUAACCACAGCAGUUCAGCAGUGUGUUCAGUACUUGGAAUUGUGUGAGACCAUGAAAACUGAUGAAAUUUUGGAACAUUCAAAGCAUUGUGGGAACAAACAGAAAAUUGUCUACUACUCAGGACAAGAAUUACAAUAUAUUUAUUUCAUUCACUCAUUAUGCAUUUUAGGAAGAUUAUUGAUCUAUAAACAAGGCAGAAAACUCUUUCCCAUAAAGCUAGAGGAUAAAAAAGAUUCAGUAUCCCUUACAGAUCUGCUGGUUCUAUUUACCCAACUUAUCUAUUAUUCACCAAGUUGUCCAAAGAUGACAUCAUCUCCACACUCAGAGAAUUAUUCUCCUGCAAGUAUGGUGACUGAAGUUCUACGGAUACUCUGUGAUCAAAAAGAAUGUGCAAUUGAAUGCUUAUAUAACAAUACUGUGGUAGAGACACUUCUCCAGCCUGUUCAUAAUUUAAUGAAGGGAACUGAGACGGCUCCAAAUUGUUCUGAAACAGCUUUAAUUCAUAUAGCUGAUAUCUUGGCCAGAAUUGCUUCUGUAGAAGAAGGACUUAUUUUACUUCUUUAUGGAGAAAACAUGAAUUGUUCUGAGGAAGAAAGUCUUACAGGUGCUCAUAUAAUUGCCCAGUUUUCGAAGAAACUUCUUGAUGAGGAUAUUUCUAUUUUUACUGGAUCAGAAUUGUUGCCUGUGGUAAAAGGAGCUUUUAUUUCUGUAUGUCGUCAAAUAUAUGGUACAUGUGAAGGCUUACAGGUGUUACUGCCUUAUAGUUUGCAUGAAUCUAUAGCGAAAGCAUGGAAGAAGACAAGUUUGAUGUCAGAAAGAGUUCCUACUCCAGUAGAGGGUUCUGAUUCUGUUUCUUCAGUAAGCCAGGAAUCCCAAAACAUUAUGGCUUGGGAAGAGAAUUUGUUAGAUGAUUUAUUAAAUUUUGCUGCCACUCCCAAAGGAUUACUACUUCUUCAAAGAACAGGUGCCAUCAAUGAAUGUGUGACAUUUAUGUUCAACCGAUAUGCAAAAAAACUACAGAUAAGUAGGCAGAAAAAGUUUGGCUAUGGAGUUUUGGUUACACAAGUGGCAUCAACAGCAGCAGGUGCAGUAGCACUACAAAAUUCAGGGUUUAUUAGUGCACUUAUAAAUGAAUUAUGGUCCACUCUGGAAUGUGGAAGUGAUGAUGUUAGGGUAACCCAUCCCAGAUCUACUCCAGUGGAUCCUAUUGACCGAAGCUGUCAAAAGUCUUUCCUAGCACUGGUAAACUUGUUAUCCUAUCCUGCUGUAUAUGAGCUCGUAGGCAAUCAAGAGCUUCCCAACAAAGUGGAAUAUUCUCUUCGUGAAGUCCCAACAUGUAUAAUUGAUAUAAUUGAUAGACUUAUCAUUUUGAAUUCUGAAGCUAAGAUUCAUUCAUUAUUCAACUAUGAACAAUCACAUAUCUUUGGUCUCAGGUUAUUAAGUGUGGUAUGCUGUGAUCUGGACACUCUUCUCCUGUUAGAGGCUCAGUAUCAAGUAUCCAGAAUGUUACUACAUGCUCAAGAAGAAAAUAUCUUGGAGAUUUCCGAGAACCACAGGUUAAAAGGCUUUAUAAUUGAUGGCUUAUCAGUAGAAAGAAACCAUAUUCUUGUAAGAAUAAAUCUUGUUGGUGGGUCAUCGGAACGGAUUUUGCCUCCAAGAAUACUGGAGAAGGUGAUAAAUGACAAUGAUCUUGGCAAGCUAUUAUUACUCUUCAAAAUGUCUGAUGAACAAACUGAGUGGAUAGAAAAUUGCCAAAAACAAUUUUGUAAAAUGAUGAAGGAAAAACCUGAUAUAAUCAGUGGAAGUGCUUUAGUAGAAUUACUUGAAACUUUUGUGCUUCAUCUCACUGAAAAUCCAUCUGAAUGUUACUUCCCCUCAGUGGAAUAUACAGCUACUGAUGCAAAUGUGAAGAAUGAAAGUCUUUCAUCUGUGCAGCAGCUUGGUAUUACAAUGACUGUCAGGUAUGGUAAGUUCCUCAAUUUAUUAAAAGAUGGUGCAGAAAAUGAUCUUGCCUUGGUUUUAAAGCACUGUGAGAGAUUCCUGAAACAGCAGCAAGCUCCUGUAAAAUCUUCUCUUCUCUGCCUGCAAGGCAAUUAUGCUGGCCAUGAUUGGUUUGUAUCUUCUCUGUUCAUGAUAAUGUUGGGGGAUAAAGAGAAAACAUUACAAUUUCUUCAGCAGUUCUCCAAGCUUCUGACCUCUGCUUUCCUUUGGUUGCCAAGACUACAUAUUUCUAAGUAUCUACCUAUUGACACCAUAGAAUCUGGCAUCCAUCCAAUAUAUUUUUGCAGCACUCACUAUGUUGAAAUGUUACUGAAGGCUGAGGUACCCCUGGUGUGUUCAGCUUUUCACAUGUCUGGUUUUGCACCAUCACAGAUUUGCCUGCAAUGGAUAAACCAGUGUUUUUGGAAUUAUUUAGAUUGGAUAGAAAUAUGUCACUACAUUGCUACCUGUAUUUUCCUUGGUCCUGAUUAUCAAGUGUAUAUCUGUAUUGCUAUAUUUAAACAUCUACAACAAGACAUUCUACAGCACACUCAGACUCAAGAUCUGCAAAUUUUCCUAAAAGAAGAAGCACUGCAUGGGUUUCGAGUGAGUGAUUAUUUUGAAUACAUGGAAAAUUUGGAGCAAAACUACAGACCAGUUGUGCUGAGAAACAUGCGAAACAUUAAAGUGCAGAGCACAUAGAUCAUGAUAUGCACUGUAUGUUUUAUUCAUGUUUUAAAGGAAACAAGGUGACUUGACUGUUUGCUGUCUGUAUCUGUACCAGCGUAUGCUCUGUGAAUACACACAUUGUAAAUCAAUACUGGGAGAUUUUGAAUAUAAUAAUAUAUUCAAAAUGGUAUUAGCUCCAUUUGUGACAUGGAGUGAAUUCAUUUUUUAAGUUUAUUGUUUUGUAAGGUUUUAUAAUGAAAUAUGGCUUACUUAUAGUUUUUAUUUAUGUUUAAAAGUCCCAACCAAGGGGCUGGGGAUGUGGCUCAAAGGGUAA